CUUCAGAUACUUUCAACCGAUUCCUCCAAGAAGCAUUUUAAGUUUGACCAUGUAUUUAAGCCUGAGGAUAGCCAAGAGACUGUUUUUGCACAGACGAAACCUAUUGUUACUUCUGUGCUGGAUGGUUACAAUGUCUGCAUAUUUGCCUAUGGCCAAACUGGAACCGGAAAAACAUUUACCAUGGAAGGAACACCAGAUAAUAGAGGAGUCAACUACAAGACAUUAGAAGAAUUGUUUCGCUCUUCAGAGAGUAGAAGUCGUCUCAUGAAGUUUGAGCUAUCUGUUAGCAUGUUGGAGGUUUACAAUGAGAAGAUAAGGGACCUCCUGGUUGAUAACUCAAACCAUCCUCCUAAAAAGUUGGAAGUUAAGCAAUCAGCAGAAGGAACACAAGAAGUCCCUGGAUUAGUUGAAGCACAAGUUUUCAACACAGAUGAAGUGUGGGAUCUGCUGAAGAGAGGAUAUUCUGUUAGAUCUGUGGGAUCAACAGCUGCAAACGAGCAAAGCAGCCGCUCUCAUUGCUUGUUGCGAGUGACAGUGAAGGGAGAGAAUUUGAUCAAUGGCCACAAAACCAGAAGCCAUCUUUGGCUGGUGGACUUGGCUGGAAGUGAGCGAGUAGGAAAGGUAGAAACUGAAGGAGAAAGGCUUAAAGAAUCUCAGUUUAUCAAUAAGUCUCUUUCGGCACUCGGUGAUGUUAUCGCCGCCCUUGCAUCCAAAACAAGCCACAUUCCUUACAGAAACUCAAAGCUCACUCAUAUGCUACAAAACUCAUUGGGUGGAGAUUGCAAAACAUUGAUGUUUGUUCAGAUUAGCCCCAGUUCUGCCGAUCAAGGAGAGACGCUUUGCUCAUUAAACUUCGCAAGCAGAGUUCGCGGAAUCGAAAGUGGACCUGCCCGGAAACAGACGGAUGUGUCUGAACUCCUCAAGUUAAAACAAAUGACUGAGAAGCUGAAGCAAGAGGAAAAAGAAACUAAGAAGCUGCAGGACAAUGUGCAGUCACUACAGCUACGCCUCACUGCUAGAGAACACAUAUGUAAAGGACUUCAAGAUAAGGUUCGUGACCUGGAAUUUCAAUUAGCAGAAGAAAGGAAAACCAGAAUCAAGCAGGAGACACGAGCCUUAGCGACCGCAUCAUCGUCAUCAACAACAUCUAGACAACCGAGAGAGGCACUACCGACAAUCACAGAGAAAAAGCCACCUUUGGCACCCACAAGAUCAAUGCGAAUGCCACUCAGAAGAAUCACAAACUUCAUGCCCCAACAACAACCAUCUCAGGGUCCUCCUGCCAAGAGAUUUUCAGACGCAAGUCAAGCAACAAGCAAAGAGAACAACAAUAACAGCCUCAGAAGAUCAUCAUUAGUGGACAUCAAUGCACUAAUGAAACCAAGAAGAAGCUCAAUCGCAUUCAGACCAGCUCCUCCUCCAUUAGCCAUUGCGACAGGCAAUAAUAAAACACUCCAGCCGAGAAGGAGAGUCUCUAUUGCAACGUUGAGACCAGAACCAUCUCACAUGAACAUGACCACUCCAUUACGCCCACCUUCUAUUUCUUCAUUCCGUGGUGGUAACCCGAGGAAGGCAAGAUAUUCCAAUCUAUUCGCUCCGGAUCGCAAUCUGGUGACUCCUAAUGCAAUGAAAAGCAGCAGCAGAUUCAACAAGAGCCCUGUUGUAGGAGGAGGAGGAGGCAGCUCGUGGAAGCCGACACAUCCCACGGUGGUAGCAUUGCAGAAGAAGGCUGUGGUUUGGAGUCCGCUUAAGUUCAGGAACAGAAGACCUUCCUUCACACCGAGGCGAGCUUCUUCUGUUGCCACCGAUUUGGUCCGGAGGGAACAGUAGUGGUCUUUUGUUCACUGUCUUUGUGAAAGUGUUUGGUCCAAGUCGAAUGUUAAAAUAGGAUCUAUGUUACUUUUUUUCUUUAAUUGGUCUUCAUUCGAAGUGUUUAACUACAACAACUCUAUUGAGAGACCUUUUGUGUUAUGGAUUUGAUGAAAUUUAAAUCUUGGCUC